AUGUUUCAUUCACAGGCGAAUGUGCAAAUAUUCAAAACACAUCUCGCCUACAACUCGUCUCUAAUCACUCGAAUAUAUGGGCCCAGAGGACUCACUGCGAAGUAUUUGGCAAAGUUCAAGCCCGACGAACAGUGCAAGAUCGUAUACAGAAACCUAAUCAGACUGCGCCGGUACCUGACCAUGAUGAGCCAUUUCAAAGAAGUGUACGGUCUGUAUAUUCAGGCAAGAUUCAGAGAAGACUAUCACGAGAAACGCGCCAUCCUGAACCCCAGUUUGCCCCGGCUUAAGAAUAAAGAAAUCCUCAGAAGAAUGGCCAACUCCGUCAACUUUGUAUCAAACGCCUGUGCCGAACCGUUGGGCGAAGACAACAUGGAGUUCCGAAUACUCAGAGGAAUUAUUCUUCACGAGUCGUCGAAAAUCAAAGCCAAAAUUGACUAUCCUGCCAAUAUUCUCUCCGUUAGAGACUUUUCUGAACAUAAAUUAAUGUACCAAGCAUUAGGCCAAACCCCUCAACUACCACCAGACUGGCUGCAAUUCCUAAAAACCUCACAGACGUUUAUGAGAGCACCGGGCAAAGUGUCCUCAACUAAGCGAGCCCUGAUUCCACAGGUCAUGCUUUCUGUUCUGCGCUACGAAAAAAAUAAAGAAUACUUAAACGAAACAGCUAGAUUAAUCCUUUAA